AUGAAAUUUAAAGUAUAAGUCGAAGAAUUCGUCUUCUACAUUAAUGUUGGAUAAGGAUUAAAUGAUUUUGCAUGGUUUGCUUUAGCAGCUGCUAAAUUAUAUUCAAAUAAAAAGAAUCCAGAUUCUAAUUAUCUUCCAUGUUAUUUACAAUUUAGAGUCCCUGGAACUGACAUGUUUUUAACUCCUCCACCACGUGCUAAAAUUUUUGAUUAUUUAAAAGAAGAUGAAGAAGGCAAAGAAACUUUAGUAUAAGUUGAAAUAAGAAAAGGUUAAGGAUGGAUUAUGACUGAUUAAUAAGAAAGUAUUAUAAAUAUAUAUAAUUUUAGAAUGGUAUGAUGAAGCAUUUGGAAGAAUGAGAAAUUAAUUCACAGCUACUUUUUAAUUAGCUCCAUUAAAUUAGAAAAUUAUCAAUCGUUAAGAACCAACUUAUCUAAUUUAAUAUGAAUAUAAAAUGUUUCCUGAAGUUAUGCAUGAAUUUGAUACUAAAAAUUAUCCUAGCAAAGAUAAAAUCAUUAUGAAAGAAAUAAAGUUCAUUAUAUUCUUAUUAUAUAUAGAGCUGGAGAUAAUUUUAAAAAGUAUUUUGCAGAAAUAACUUUGCCACUUGGUUAAUUUACAUUCUAAUUCUAUGGUUAGACAAUAACAGAAAAAGAAGGUUAAGAACCAUAAUAAUCUAUCUUUCCAUUGGAUAUGAAAAAUUUUGAUCAUACUGCAAGACUCAACCCUGUUCCUAUAUCAUAAUAAGAAAUAUAAAAAAAGAUUAUGGAAUAUGCUUUAUAAAAAGAAAAAGAUCUCUAAUUAUAACAAAUCUAAAAAAGAGAAGAUAGCUAAAAAAAUAAAUAAUCUGCUGCUGAAGAAUGUCCAUAUAAAUUUGAAAAAUUAUGGACAAUCAUUUAAAAAAAUGCUGAAGGAAAUCUUGAACUUAAAGAUUUAGUAUAAUAUAUAUUAUUAAUAAAAAGGAAGAAAACUUUUACAAUAAGAUUGCAGCAUAUAUGGAUGAUAAAUUGCCUCUACUUUAUGAAGUAUUUCGUUAAUAUGCCAUACUUUAUAAUACAGAUCAUGCAAAAAAAGAUGAAAUUAGUAUUUCAUUUUAAGAUGUUAUGCAUUUCUUAAAAUUUGUAUUUAAUUUAAAUUAAUAUUUAGUAUGGAUUAGUUCAAGAUAGUCAAGAAUUAUUUUCAUUUGUUGAAACAUAUGAUAAAUAGGGAACUAAAUCAAAAGAUGUUAGAAAAAGUUUGGAAUUGUCUGUUAAAUUUUAAGAGUUCUUUGUAAUUAUAGUAGAAUUAGCAUAAUUUAAAAAAACAAACAAUUUAAGUGAAGUAGAAUGUAUAUUAUAUAUAAUUAUAUCAUUUUAGCCUAAGAUCAAUUAGUAAUGAAGAUUGUAGAUAAAAUAAUAGAAAUUAAUUCUGAUGAGAAAGAGUUUAAUAAUUUCUAGUAGCAUAUGAAGUACAAUGAAAUUUUAGUCAAUUUUAUUCGGGUAAGUUGCAAGUUUUAAAAAUUAGGAAAUUUAAGAUUAAAUGCAGAAUAUAUUCAUUAAAAGAUUUAGUCAAGGAAAUGAUGACAAUUCCGACAUAAAGUUCCAUAUCAGAUAAGAAGAAAUUAAAUAAUUAAUACAAGAUUCAGGAUAUAAGGGAGACAAUUUAGAAGGAAUCAUAAAGACAGCAUAUAAAGAAUUAUUUCAUGAUGAAAAAUUUAAUGGAUUUGAAGGGUUAUUUUAUUAUGAAUUUAUCUAAGUGAUGUAAUGGCUUGCAUUAGUGUUAAUUUAAAAUGAUGAACGUAAUUAAUAGGAUGAAGCAGAAGAAGUAACUACAUUGGAUUAAUUACAAGAACAAUUAAGAUAUUUCAUUUAAUGUAUUGAAAAGUGA